AUGCAGAAAAGCAGUUUUGAAUUUUUAUUAGUUAUUGCUUUAAUUAAGUAUUGUGAUGGUACUGUAUUUAAUGUAGUAAAUCAAAAUGCAGCUAAUUAUCCAUUUAAUAUGACGUUAUAUGAAGAUGUAUUAAAUUCAGAACUCUGCCAAAGACAACUAACGUAUAUUACGACGAAUAAUACGCUAUUAUUACUGCGAUUCUAUGAUGCCGGCGUACGAAUACCAAGAAGUAUACUUUUGGGGAAUACUGUUGACUUAGGUAAUUACCAACAAUGUAUUAACAUUAAUCAGGCACUUGAAGGCAGUGAUAUUCAAGGAAAAUAUUGUAUGAUAAAAGUGCCAACGAACCAGAGUUUACAAAUUUCUAGUUUCUUAUUAUCGAAGUGGCUCAAGACAACUCCUUCACAUUUACAAAACGAUACAUUUAGUAGGUUAGGUGCAUACGAUAAACUAGAAAAUUAUGUUAAGACAAUGUUUGGCCUUCACGAAUUUAAAACAAGGAUUGGAUCACUAAACCCCAAUUUAAAUUUAAAUUUGGCUGUCUGUAUACCUGCACCAUGUACUACACGUGAAGCGUUAUCUGUAUUUUAUUUUAACAUUACCAGUAUUCUUCAAUUUGAGAAUGAUUUCUGUCGUCUUCCAGGAGAUAAGCCAUGGGUCCCUGCCGAUUACGUUGCUAUCAUUAUAUUUUCAAUUAUUGGGUUACUAGUAUUACUCAGUACAAGCUACGAACUUCUACAUUCAUUAAUACUCAAAAAAGGUUCUAAGGAGAUUAGGACAAUUUAUCGUUCAUUUUCCGUAUAUACAAACACACGACGCCUUCUAUUCCAUAAAUCUGGGCUGGAUUCACUAGAGUGCAUUGAUGGAAUUAGAGCGCUGGCAAUGACUUGGGUAAUUGCUGGUCAUGCAAUACUAAUAGUAUUUAACAGCAUCAAUCUUCGUGAAGCUAUAAAGUGGGCUCAAUCCAUUAAGGCUAUAUGGAUAACGGCAGCUCCAAUCACAGUCGAUACAUUUUUUAUGUUGAGCGGCUUACUUGUGGUUUAUACGACAGCUGGCAAACUUAAUAAUAUGCAAUUACUUCAAAAUCUUCCACUAUUCUAUCUACAUCGAGUUCUACGUAUGUUUCCGAUACUUGCUGCAAUGAUCCUUUAUGAGGUAUCUUUUCAGAAUAGGGUAUUUGAUGGUCCAUUAUGGAAUAUUCAAGCGAUGUCUAUAUUUGCUUGUAGAAAGUAUUGGUGGUCUGCGUUAUUACACAUACAAAAUUUUUAUAAUCCAACUAAUAUGUGCAUUCCUUCUACGUGGUAUCUGUCUGUUGACGUUCAAUUACAUCUUUUGUCACCAAUAUUUCUAUUUUGGAUUCUAAGUGGUAAAAAGAAUAUUGUUUGGAUAGUGUUGACAAUUGGACUAUUGACAUCGCUUGUUACCGCAACGAUCUAUAAUUUUCUACAGGAUUUCCAAUCCGGGAUCUUUAUUCAAAACCCUCUUGAAUUACGAAGAUAUUAUGUUUACUAUUACGUAAACACAUUAACUCGUGCCUCACCAUUCUUCGUCGGGAUGGCUUAUGGUUAUAUACUGCAUUUGUGGAAAGGAAAACCUCUAGAAAUAUCUAAGUUUCUAACAUUAGCUGUAUGGAGCUGCAUGUUACUAAUCCUAGCAGGCGUGAUGUACUGCGUCCGCAUAAACCUCGAUGUAAAUUGGGAUAAUCAAUUAGCGGAUAACAUUCUUAAUUCCUUUAUGAGACCAGCUUGGGCUUUCGGCCUUGGAUGGUUGAUCUUUGCAUGUGUUAAAGGAUAUGGAGGUCCUAUCAAUUGGUUCUUAUGUUUCAAUAUGUGGAGGUUACCAGCACGUUUAUCUUAUGCCAUGUAUAUAAUACAUUUUCCAAUUAUUAUGACUGUUUACGGUUCAACAAACGUUCGAACAUUAUUUUCUGUACAAAAUUUAAUAUUGCAGAUAGCUGCCUUUCUAUUGAUAACAGUUAUGAUAGCUUUCGUGGUCACUGUAACAAUUGAUGCCCCGUUUGCAACUUUAAUUAAACUUCUUUUAAGUAAAGAAAAAAUAUCUUGUCAGAAAACUCCUGUAUCAGAAAUAAGUAAACAUGUACAACAAAGUGAUAUGAAAGACCAAAAUGAAAUGAAUCAAGAAGAAAAUGACAUAUCGAAGAAACUCUAA